UUCUUCUUCUUCCUGUUCAGCCUUCUGAUUCUGCGUAAUCGUGUGUUGGUGUUGAAGUGUACUCGUGCUUCUGCUCUGUUCUCCUCAUCCCGCUCACCGCCCUCCCUAUUACCCAUCCUCACCCUCCCUCGUCUGCUCCCCACCAUCUUCUUAUCCGCAACUCCACAGACCCACAUGGCCUUCCUCUUCUCCCGCUCUAGUCGUCAAAAGUCCCCGCAGGAGCUCGUUCGUGCUCUAAGAGACUCACUAAAGAAGCUCGAUCAUGGUCUCGACAAAAAAACCCUCGAUGAGAUCACCCGCUACAUCGGCCAGAUCAAAGUUUUUCUCCAUGGCGACGGCAACACAGAUCCUUCCCCCGAUAGCAUAGCAAUGGUCGCUCAGGAGGCCUACUCCUCCGAUUUGCUAUACUACAUCAUCGCCAGCCAGGCCGUCAUCGACUUUGAGCUACGAAAAAGCUCCAUGAGCCUCUUCAAUGGCCUCCUACAGCGACAGAUCGGCACUCGUUUUCCAACCGUGCAGUAUCUCAGCACUAAAGAACCCAUCCUCGUCCUUCUCGUCAAAAGCUACGAAAACGCCGAAGUCGUCCAAAAUUGCGGGCAGACCCUACGCGAAUGCGUCAAACAUGAGCAAUUGGCUAAAAUAAUCCUCUUCAGUGAUCUGAUCUGGUUGUUUUUUGGUUACGUCCAGCUCCCGGCUUUCGAGACUGCCAGUGAUGCUUUCUCAACUCUACGGGAUCUCCUGACUCGCCACAAAUCCCUGGCUCUCGAAUUCUUCACCGAAAAUACCGAGAAAUUCUUCCAACAAUACAACAACCUACUACAGUCCUCCAACUAUGUCACAAAGCGGCAAUCAAUCAAGCUUCUAGCUGAAAUUCUUCUUGAUCGAACAAAUUUUGUUAUAAUGACCGCCUAUAUCGAUUCCCCUGAUCAUCUUAAACUUAUCAUGAACAUGCUCCGCGAUAAGAGUAAAAAUAUUCAAUAUGAAUCGUUCCAUGUUUUCAAGGUGUUUGUCGCGAACCCAAACAAAUCAAAGCCAGUAUUAGAUAUAUUGCUCAAAAACAAGGAGAAGCUUCUUGUUUUUCUACCUGAGUUUCAUAGUGAUCGGACAAAUGACGACCAAUUCAACGACGAAAAGCAAUUCCUGAUACGGCAAAUCGCAGAUCUGAAACCAGCGCAAUAAAUCCACAAUCAUCAAUUCCAACGAGUUUUCCCGUCUCGACGCAAACGGUCUACAUUUAUAUCUACGUGGUGUCCAGCGGCCCUACCUGCCUGCAGACCAAACAGCAUCAACUUUGCAGAAUUAUCGGCACAUUUUGUCCGGCUUUGCCUAUUUAUCAUGCUCAACCGCUCGAUGAAUUUAGUUUUUAUACUACCUCACACAGCAACUUAAACCAGUGGUCUAGCAAAUCACUUUUGUCAAAAAUCAAGACAGGCAUAUCUGCUGGUGUACACAAUUCGCUACUUCAGUCAUAUCUAGACAUUAUCCCUCUUUUUCCUUUUUUUUUUUUCUUUUUUUUUUCUAUUUU